AUGGCGCAUACAUCCAAUGGUUCUGCUGAGAGCCAUGGCGCGCACACGAGUCCAAAGCUUCUCUGGAAGCACUCCGAUCCGGAGUCCACUGCUAUGCACAAAUAUUUGCAAGAAGUGAACCGAGCACAUAAUCUGCAGCUCACUUCCUACCAGGAGCUGCAUAAGUGGAGUAUAUCCAACAUCGACGCAUUCUGGCAGAGUGUGUGGAAGUUUGUCGGCGUAAGGGCUGAGGGAGACGCGUCACAAGCAGUGGAUCCUGACGCUUCCAUGUUUCCUCGACCUACCUUCUUCAAGAAUACGCGCUUGAACUUUGCCGAGAACCUCUUGUUCCCCACCCAAGACGUCGACCCUCAGGCCCCCGCCAUCAUUGCCGUGACCGAAACUACACGCGAGACGGUGACAUGGGAAGAACUUCGGGAGAGAGUCAGACUUUGCCAAGCGGGCAUGAUCGCUCUAGGCCUAGAAGAGGGCGAUCGAGUCGCAGGCUAUGUGGCCAACCACACAAACGCCUUGGUUGCGAUGCUCGCUGCAACAUCUCUAGGUUGUGUUUGGACAGCAGUAAGCCCCGAUACUGGUGUCCAUGCCGUGCUGGAGAGACUAAGGCAAAUUGAGCCUACGCUGCUCUUUGCCGACAAUGCGGCUUUCUACAAUGGUAGAAGUCAUCCCGUUCUUCCGAAGGUCGAUGAGAUCGCUCGUGGUCUACCGUCUCUCCAAGGAGUCGUCAUUUUCACUACAGUGGCUUCUGUUGACGUUGAAGUCAAGUCGAUACAUGUACCAAACGGCAGGGCUUACGACUACAAGACAUUCACCUCCCCGCCCACUGCGCCCGAGCUAACAUUCAAGCGGCUGCCCGCCGAUCAUCCAGUAUACAUCCUCUAUUCCAGCGGCACAACUGGCGCGCCAAAGUGCAUAGUUCAUGGCGCAAUCGGUACGCUUCUGCAGCACAAGAAGGAGCACAUCAUACACUGCUCGAUUACUCUUCGGUCGCGUCUCUUCUACUUCACGACAUGCACCUGGAUGAUGUGGCACUGGCUCGUCUCGGGACUGGCAUCCGGCGCAACGCUUGUCUUGUACGAUGGCUCGCCGUUUCGAUAUUUAGAUCCAAACAAUCCUAGCACCUCCGUGCCUGAUGAUCUUGCGAUGCACCGUGUAAUCAACGAGUAUGGAAUCACACACUUCGGUACCUCUGCCAAGUACCUUUCCGUACUGGAGCAGAAGUCAGUCGAUCCGGCGGCUUCUGGCCUAGACCUACAGACUUUGGAGGCGAUAUACUCGACAGGAUCACCCUUGGCACCAUCCACGUUCUCAUACGUCUACUCCGCCUUCCCUUCGACGAUAAACCUAGGAAGUAUUACAGGAGGUACUGACAUUAUCUCCCUGUUCGGAGCACCGAAUCCUCUGCUGCCAGUAUGUGAAGGCGAGAUUCAGGGGCCUGGACUUGGCAUGGCUAUCGCGGCCUACGACUACACUGGUGUCGAUGUUUCGGCUACCGGCGAGCCGGGUGACCUGGUCUGUACGAAGCCAUUCAUCUGCCAACCUGUGGCGUUCUGGGGUACUGAGGGAGAGACUAAGUACCAGCAUUCCUACUUCGAUAAAUUCCAGAACGAAAAGAAACAACCGAUCUGGCACCAUGGUGACUUUGUCAGAUUCAGCAAGGAGACUGGCGGCCUGUGGAUGCUCGGUCGAAGCGAUGGCAUCCUGAAGCCUGCAGGUGUGCGAUUUGGCUCCGCCGAGAUUUAUAACGUCGUUCUUGAACACUUCGCAAAGGAGGUUGCAGACGCUCUGUGCAUCGGCCGGCGGAGGGAGAGCGAUACCGACGAAACUGUUGUGCUGUUCUUGAAGAUGAACAAUGGUCAAGAGCUGACCACUGAACUCGUCAGCAAGAUUAAAUCAACUAUCAAGCAGGGUCUUAGCGCUAGACAUGUUCCGGCUGUGAUUGAUGAGUGCCCUGAGAUCCCUGUCACUACCAAUGGAAAGAAGUAA